UUUUUUUUUCUUUAUUAUUAUUAUUAUUCUUCCUUAUGACUAAUGGAAACUAAAGCAACAAAACAUACAUCAACUAAUUUAGAAGAUUUGAAUGAAAAGAUUGCAAGAAUAUUAAAAGAUCCAUCAAAUGUUUUGGAGCAAAUGUCUAUUGAUGUUGACUCCAUGAGUCUACCUCAAUUAAAUGAAUUUGCAGAAAAAGGUGGACUUGGAUCAUGUGUUUCAAGAGCAGAUGUUUUAGCAAAAACGCCUGAGGAUCUCAUGUAUUUGCAAGGUAAAGCACAUUCAAAAGCUCUAAAUCAUUUGUUUUUUUUUAAAAAAAAAAAAUAAAAAUAGCAUGACCCUUUUUUUCUUUCAUUUUUAUUUUUCUAUAGGAGAACGUAUUGUUAUUUUAAAACAUAUACAAGAUGAUAUUUAUAUGGGAUAUUGUGAAGGAGUGGUUGGUAAUUUUAAUGCAGAAAAUGUUUAUUUUGUCGAGCUUGAUCCUCGAGUCUUAAAAUCAUUGGAUAUGACAGCAACGAGUUCAUGUUUCAGGAAUUCGGUCACUAGUUACGCCACUUCUAAUUCAGAACAUCAACAACAGAGUCAUUGGGCUAAAGGAAAGCCAAGCUUUGAAAGUAUUGCUACACAUUCCUCUUUUUCAAUGCUACAUUUACAACAGCAACAAUCUAACGUAUCGUCUUCCUCUUUUUCUGAAGAAAAUAUAGGUGUUAAUUAUCAUGAUCCCUACGAUACCUCCGCUUUUAAUAUUAAUUAUUCGGAAGAAGAAGAAGACAACACGGAAUCUCAAAAAUAUUCUUCAGUGAAUAAUCUCGAUAAAAUAAUUGCAAAGCCUGAAAAAAAGACAGUAUCAAAAGCGAGCCCUUUGAAACAAAUAAAGAACGUAGAUGAAUAUGGAUUUCUUAUAAAAUCAGAUAAACCACCCAGUAAAUCAAAUAAAUUAACAACUAUAUCCUUAAAAGAAUAUCGGGAAAAUGAGCUUAAAUGGCUCUCCAUUAUCAACAAAAUGGACGUUGGCCAAGUGAAAAGAGAUACCAAAUUCAAAAAAUUAGUACGCCAUGGCAUACCGGCUUCUGUACGAGCUCACGUUUGGCAAUUCCUUGCAGGAUCUAAAAGCUACCAAAAACCUAAUUUCUUCAAUACCGUUCUACAAAAACCGUUCAUUCCUAUCUAUGAUGUUAUCGAGCGAGAUAUUGCUCGCUGUUAUCCAGAUCAUAUUCAGUUUAUGGAACCCGACAGUCAAGGACAAAGGGAUCUGUGUUGUGUUUUGAGAGCUUAUGCGCAGUAUAAUCCGCAGUUAGAGUAUUGUCAAGGUAUGGGUCGCUUAGCUGGUUUAAUGCUAAUGCAAAUGACGGCUGAAGAAUCUUUUUGGCUAUUAGUGGCCACAAUCGAUAAAUACAUGAAUGGCUAUUUCACGCCUUCUCUCUCUCAACUUCGUAUCGAUGCCUAUAUUAUCGAACAAUUGCUUAAAGAUCAUAAUCCUAAACUAGCUCAUCAUUUAGAAAAGAAUGAUGUGAUGCCAAUCAUGUAUAUUACACAAUGGUUCUUGACUGCCUUUACCAUGACCUUGCCAUGGGAAUCAGUAUUACGUGUAUGGGAUGCGUUUUAUUUUGAAGGUAUCAAAGUAUUUUAUCGUAUUAGCCUUGCGAUAUUGGAUAUCUGUAAAGAGCACUUGCUUAAUUCUUGUCCUAGUAAUUCAGAACUAUUGUCUUUUCUUUUGCAUAUACCACAUAAAUAUCUUGAAGCCGAUAUACUACUAAGUACAGCAUUUCGAAUUCAUUUAUCAAAAACAGAUAUUAAGCGAUAUGCGAAAAAGGCCGGCACUGAGGAUUUAACCACAUCAGGUCUACCGAUCGAGCAUGGCAUCAAAAAUUUACAAGCAGGAAGUAAUAGCUCCUUUUAUGGAUUUAAAAGUCUAAAAAAAAUUAAUAAAAUAUAAAACUAUUCACCUUUCACUUAUUAUAUAUUACAUAAUAUAAGAUUUAUGAAUCACAAUAGUCAUCUUCAGUUUACUACAGUUUACCAAGAAUUAUUUUGUUAUAUAUUAUUAUUGUAUAA